CGGAAACAAGAUACUCCCCAAUAGAAAAAGCCGCUUUGGCGCUAGUGAGCGCGGCACAGAAGUUACGCCCAUACUUCCAAGCUCACCAAAUCACCGUCCUGACCAACCUCCCCCUAAAAAAGAUCCUAAUUUCAAUGGAAGUAUCUGGGCGGAUGGUCAAAUGGGCGGUCGAGCUGUCAGAGUACGACAUCCGGUACGCUCCAAGACCGGCGAUAAAGGCGCAAAUCCUGGCAGAUUUUAUCGCAGAGGGGGUGACCCUCGAAACAACACCAGAAGGAGUGUGGGAAGUUUACGUGGAUGGCGCGGCGAGCAAACAUGGCGCCGGCGCAGGAGUCGUUGUACGCACCCCUUCGGGCGUUGUGCACAAAAUAACAAUCCGAUUCAGAACUCUGAAGACGAAUAACGCAACCGAGUACGAAGCCAUCCUAGCAGGAAUGACGGCCGCCAACGACUUGGGCGCUAGAACAAUCAGGGUGCUCUCCGAUUCAUCACUAGCAGUGAACCAACUGAAUUGAGCCUUCGACGCCAAAGAAGACGCGCUCGUGCAUUACAUGGAGCGUGUCAAACAACGGGCAAAUACCUUCGAGGCGGUGACAUACGUGCAAAUAACCAGAGAAGAAAUAUGCACACCGAUGCGCUAUCAAAGUUAGCCACGGCCACCGACUUCGAGUCAACGCGCCUGGUGUCGGUGCAGAAAGAGGAAAAAGACGCCUGCCAAUAAGCCGUGGUCAACACC